UCUCCUUUUUCUCUAGGAUCGGCAUCACCUAUUGCUCAUAAUGGUCGAGAACGAACACCACAACGAUAAAGAACGGAAGGACUUGUCGACAAUCUCUCACGAUAGCGCGUCAGUCCCUGGUGGAGCUGAAGGAAGACGGUACGAAACGAUCUAUGACGAGGGGACCAUCGAUUUGAGGUACCUGACCAAGGCGCGCAUCCUGAACGACGCCAUUCAGGAUAUUGGCAUGGGAAGGUAUCAAUGGGGAUUGUUUAUUGUGACCGGGUUCGGCUGGUUCGCCGAUAAUCUCUGGCCGAUCGUCACUGGCCUUAUCAUCCCACCCACUGUCAACGAGUUCAACUAUGAACCCCCCUUCUUAAAACUUGGGCAAAACAUCGGACUGCUGCUAGGGGCUGCGUUUUGGGGCGUCGCUGCAGAUGUAUGGGGUAGGAAGAUCUCGUUCAACAUUACCUUAUUGAUCGUUGGCAUCUUCGCGUUGGCGGCUGGAGGGUCCCAUGACUUCGUGACGCUCACAUCCCUCGCAGCUGUUUGGUCGAUUGGCGUGGGAGGUAAUCUACCGGUCGAUUCAGCCCUUUUCUUGGAAUUCAUUCCCGCCUCCCAUCAGUACUUACUGACUAUCUUAUCCAUCUGGUGGGCCUUCGGCCAGCUUAUCGGAAGCCUGGUAGCAUGGCCCCUGAUCAAGCACUACUCUUGUGAAACGGAAACCCCAGGAGAGAAUUGUCCCCGAUCGUCAAACAUGGGGUGGAGGUACUUCAUGUUCGCGAUGGGUGGUUUAAUGUUACUUUGGGGGAUUCGGUUCUUCGUAUUCAAGCUAUAUGAAAGCCCCAAGUUUCUGAUGGGUCAGGGGAAACACGAUAAGGCGGUGGACGUGAUUCAUAACUUAGCUCGCCAUAACGGGACCAGUUCGAGAAUCAGCGUGGAGGACCUCGCACGCGUAGCUGCGUCCCCAGUCUCCGAGAAGGAGGAAAAUGGGCCAGCGUCCAAUCGUCACACCACUGCUUCAGUCAUCAAGCGGCAUCUUUCAAAGUUUGACGCCCACCAUUUGAAGGCGCUCUUUGCCUCUCGACGAUUGGCAUGGUCCACGUCACUUCUGAUUCUCCUUUGGGCCCUCAUUGGAUUGGCAUUCCCGCUGUACAACAGUUUCGUGACAUAUUAUCUUUCCACUCGGGGAGCGGAUUUUGGCGAUGGGUCGAUCGACAUCACGUACAGAAACGCGAGUCUUUUCCGAUAUUUCCAAGCUAUUAUCAGUGUCAUAGGCGUUCCAGGAGCCCUCUUGGCCGGUUACAUGGUCGAAUUACCCCUUCUAGGAAGGAGGGGGACGCUUUCGAUCUUCACCAUUCUCACCGGCGCCUUUAUCCUCGCUUCUACUACGUCGCGCAAUUCGAAUGCUCUUUUGGGUUGGAACUGUGCCUACAGCUUCACGAGCAAUGUCAUGUAUGGCGUCUUGUACGCCUUGACCCCGGAACUCUUUCCCACCAAGGAUAGGGGAACCGGCAACGCCCUUACUGCGUCGGCGAAUCGUAUCUUCGGAAUCAUGGCUCCUAUUAUUGCCUUAUACGCAGACUUGACCACGUCCGUACCCAUCUUCAUUGCGGGAGGCAUCUUCAUCGCUGCUGGGCUCAUUGCCCUGUUAUUACCCUACGAGUCUCGAGCGCGUAUACCGAGAUGGGAACUUCAGCCAUUUUGGGAAAUAGCUCCGCUCUCGGCGGUCGUCGUGCUUCUUCCAACCCACCACCACAUCUUCAUGCACGAUCUCGAGCCUAGCCUCGAGCUACCCAUCCAUUUCAUGACACCCCGCCAUGUCACGCCCAGAAGGACGUCUGACGAGGUUCGAUGUGUGAAGAAGCCUUCUGGUGCGGAGCCCUGGAGAAGGACGACUAGGCGGGGUCCCAGGAUGCUGACUGUGGAUACAGGUGUCGUCUACGGUCUGGAAGGCCUGAUGGCGGAUGCUUGA